UGUUUAAACCAGUCAGACCAGCAGACUAGUCAGAGAGGCUCAAUACUGCCAAAAAAAAAUGAUUGUGAAUGUGGAAGGCUGGAUUGCAGAGAACCGGAAUGCUUUUAUGCCGCCAGUGUGCAACAAGCUUAUGCACAGUUCCCAGCUGAAUAUCAUGUUUGUUGGAGGUCCUAAUACCAGGAAGGAUUAUCAUAUCGAGGAAGGGGAGGAGCUGUUCUACCAGCUGAAGGGGGACAUGUGUCUGAAGGUGAUUGAAAAUGGCAAACACAAGGAUGUGCACAUCAGAGAGGGAGAGAUGUUCCUGCUGCCAGCUCGGAUCCCCCACUCCCCCCAGAGACAGGCCAACACUGUGGGACUGGUGGUGGAGAGGAGACGGCUGCUGACUGAGACUGACUGCCUGAGGUACUACGUGGACAACAGCACUGCUAUCCUGUUUGAGAAAUGGUUCUACUGCCAGGAUCUCGGCACCCAGCUGGUACCGAUAAUCAAAGAGUUCAUGGCAUCAAAGCAGUGCAAAACAGGAAAACCAGAUCCAAAUGAAACCUUCAGAGAGCCUCCGUUCCAGAUGAACACCAUGAACGUGAUGUCACCCUUCUCCUUCAAAGACUGGCUGGACAGACAGAGGCCGUCCCUGGACAGCGGCAGGCCCAUCGACAUGUUCGGAGCUCAGUUUGAGACAGAGACGAUGCUGUUUGGACCUGGCCACACAGAGAUGUCAGUUCGGCAAAGCGAUAUGUGGAUCUGGCAGAUGGAGGGCUCCUCAAGAGUGACUAUGAAUCAGCAGGAGCUCACUCUCUCUGCAGGAGACAGUUUACUCAUCCCUGAACAAACCCACUACCAGUGGCAGAGAGAUAAGGGGACCGUUGCCCUGAUUGUGGUCCAAAACCCUGAGCGGAAGAGACCCUGAGCAUCACCUGCCAAGUCACACACACACACACAUUAAAUAUACAGUAUUACAGUAUACAGUAUUCUGUACAGACGGGGAGAACUCAAUGUAGGCGUCGUAAUAAAAAGCAUAUUGUGUAUCGUCACAUACAGUAAGUAAAGCUACUGAAUUUGAAACUGUAAUUUGCACUUUGUCUCAGUUAUGUACUUUAAUUGCAUGUAAUUUAUACAGCCGCCCACACAUGUGGCUCAGGAGGAGGAGUGGGUCGUCCUCCCGUCCACAUGUCCAACUGUCCUUGGGCAAGACACUGAACCAUGCUGCCAUCGUUGUGAGUGUGUGUGUGAAUGAGGGAAUGAGUGGCAAAUUGUAAAGCGCUUUGUCUAUCAAGGUCAAAAAGCGUUGUGUACGUGCAGUACAUUUAUCAUAACAAAAUUAAUAAAUAUCUGAG